CGAUGAUCCUUUACGUACAACGCGUCUAAGAGCCGCCAUCGCCGCACUCAAUACUCGCCAUGGCCGAGGACGACAAUGUCUUUAUUUACGUAAAGGUGCCGUAGCCACAACCUACUUACCUUUGGAUCCAAGUGCCGUUGAGCUUCCAACGUCGAACGUAUAGCUUCAUUUUUUCUUACAUGAAAGCCUGUCAUUAUCACCGAAUUUCGACGACGCGUUGGCUCGGUAUAAGUAUGGCGGUGUCUCUGGAAAAUCUGUCUCCUGGCCUCUUGUCUCUUCUGGCCAGGCGAGUCUUGAAAGUAGGGCUAGAUCCAAACCUCGGCGACAUACACGAUGACCACCGCAGACUCCACGUUCACGAGGAGGCAACUCCUCAAUCAUGUUGUUGACAGACGUGCGAGAAAUACUCCUGACGCCAUCUAUGCUGAAUACCCAGUAUCUACAACGGGAUACGACGAGGGCUUCCUCAAGGUUACCUUUAAAGACUUCGCAAAUGCCAUCAAUGGCCUUGCCUGGUGGCUGCACAACACAAUCGGCCCUGGCAAAGACUUCGAGACAUUGGCAUACAUCGGACCACUCGACGUCAGGUACAAUGGUCUCCUCCUGGGCGCAGUCAAAGCAGGUUACAAGGUCUUGCUCACCUCGCCGCGGAACAGCAUGCCUGCGCACGUCAAUCUUUUCACUUUGCUAGACUGCAAGAAACUGGUAGCGCCCAACCCCCCACCUCAGGCAGUAACCACGAUCGCCGCCUCACACGACAUCGCCGUUCUUGAGAUCCCAUCAGUUGCAGAUCUUCUGAACCAAACCUAUCCUGAUUAUCCUUAUGACAAGACUUUUGACGAAGCCCGUAAAGAUCCUCUCGUAGUCUUGCAUACCUCUGGAACGACAGGCCUGCCAAAACCUAUCAUCUGGACCCAUGACUUCGCCGAUAGCUGGUUGUAUUGGGUCAGCGUUGAUGGGCCUGCCGAGUUCAACAACCAGCAUGGUUUAUGGUCUCCUGGAAGAUUGUUUUUCCUGUUUCCUCCAUUCCACGUACGAAGAACGAGAAUUUGUUGAACCACACUGACCUUGUAUAGGCAGCUUCCAUGUUUGGAUCGAUUCUGGGAGCAAUUUAUCGAGAGACAACAAUCAUCUUCCCACCCGCCGGAUUGAUUCCAUCUGCACAAGUACUAGUAGAUGGGCUGAAGCAUACCCACGCUACUUGUGCUGCUAUUGUCCCCUUGGUAGCUGAAGAGUUGUCGAACAAACCAGAUCUGUUAGACUUUGUCUCCAUGAACCUGGCAUCAAUGUUCUACUCCGGAGGCACUCUCAGCCAAAGCGUUGGCGAUAAGAUUUCAGAGAAGAUGAAGUUCUUCUCCAUCAUCGGAACCACUGAGACUGGACUGUUUCCGACCAUUUACCCAGCUGAUCAAUGGCCAACCGCAGAAUGGAAACAUUUUCAAUUCAACCCUGAUUACAGGUUUGAAUUCCAGAAUGCUUCAGAAGGGGAAUACGAGGCAGUUAUUGCGCGCCAUCCUGACAGCGACAAGGAACAACCCGUGUUUAAAGUCUUUCCGAACCUGAAAGAAUAUCGGACAGGAGAUCUAUAUGUGCCGCACCCGUCGAAGCCGAACCUUUGGCAUUACCGUGGAAGAGGAGACGAUAUCAUUGUUUUCUUGACAGGUGAGAAGACAAAUCCAACCACGAUGGAGCAAAUGAUCUCCAGUCAUCCCAAAGUCAAGUCUGUGCUUGUUCUGGGCUCAAUGAGAUUCCAAGCUGCACUCUUGGUCGAGCCAGAGGACGCAGAAGCUCUAUCUGUCGCAGAACGAGCUGGCUUCAUUGAAGAGAUAUGGCCAACGAUUCAAGCUGCCAACGCGGACUGUCCACGACAUGCACAGAUCAAGAAAUCACAUAUCAUGUUUAUCAAGCCGGGGAAGCCUAUGCUUCGUAGCGCUAAAGGCACUAUCCAGAGGAGACCUACGUUGAAUCUGUACGAAAUGGAGAUUGACGAACUUUAUGCCGACGCGGAGAAAGUCUCAGCUCUGGAUGUGGAAGACCUCGAUAUGUCCGCGUUGUCGAUCGACUGCAAGGAUUCCAAGGCCGUCGCUUCCUUCUUGUCCGAGACUCUUAGUAGCUUUAUGGAUUCCAAGGACUUUGCAGAAGAUGAGAACAUUUUCCUCAGCGGUGUCGACUCAUUGCAGGCACUUCAGAUGACGCGCCGGUUGAAAGCCGUGCUUGCUUUGCCGGACCUCGAAAUCAGCACAGUAUAUGCCAAUCCGACUAUCAAGAUGCUCACGAAGGCCAUUUUGAACCUCGCCGAAGAAGGCAACACAACAAAUACUCUGGAGCAAUCUUCUCGAGUUGAUAUCAUUGAGGAUACGAUCAACAAGUACACCGCACUGGUCGACCACGUGGCGCAAAACGUCACCGAAACGUCUCUUUCCAAACAUGAUUCGGGUAUUGGCCUUAAUGGAAGAGUGGUCCUGCUCACUGGCUCUACUGGCGGAAUUGGAUGUUAUAUGCUGCAAGCACUCCUUUCGGACUCGUCUGUGGGACACAUUUAUUGCCUGAACCGAGCAGAGAAUGCAGUCGCUCUUCAGCGAGCACGUUCUUCGGCCCGUGGUCUCCCUACGGCCUUCCCAGUCGACCGGGUGACAUUUUUGACAACAGAUCUAGCCAAACCGCAACUCGGUCUUGGAAACGAGCUCUACUCUCGAUUAGAACGCACUGCCACCAACAUUAUUCACAAUGCGUGGCCUGUGAACUUCAACUUGACUUUGCCAACAUUUGAACCACAUCUGGAGGGUGUCGUCAAUCUAGUCAAGCUCGCUGCAGCCACUCCCGGACGUGCCCAUGUCAUGUUCAUAUCCUCCGUGAGCUCGGUCAUGGGAUCUCCCCAGAAUCCUAUUGAAGAGAAAAUUAUCACGGAUGCCUCAGCUCCUUUGCCGAUGGGAUACGGACAGAGCAAGUACGUUGCCGAGCGCAUCCUCGGGUAUGCGGAAUCCAAAUUGGCAAAUGUUGAUGUCACAGUUGUCCGGGUUGGACAAGUCGCCGGUCCAGCAUUCGCACCGGGUUCGUGGAAUAAAUGGGAGUGGUUCCCAAGUCUUGUUGUGAGCUCGCUGCAUUUGGGAAUGAUACCUGAUUCUUUGGGCAAAGGCAGGAAUAACCAUAUCAAUUGGGUGCCCAUCGAUGUCCUGGCAAACACAUUGGUUGAGUUUUCUGUUGCACUCCCAGGUCAAGAGACACCCGAAAAAGGCAUAUUGAGAGUACUCCACCCUCAAAAUCCGAGACCGACCUCAUGGGAUGGUUUGAGACCUAUCGUGAUCAAGGCUCUGAACAAUGCCAUCAAAGGCAAAGGGCGCACAGAGGAGAUCCAAGAGGUCACAUUGAGUACAUGGAUCGAACGGGUCAGGAAAGAUGCAGCUUCACUCGAUACGGCGGCCAAAUUGCAGGACAUGUUGCAGUUCAAUCCUGCAGUCAAGCUUCUUGAUUUCUAUCAAGGGUUGCUUGUUGGUGAUGAAAUGUCAGCGAUGGAGGGAGAUAAGGCUUUGCAGGCAAGCGAGACUUUGGGAGGGUUGGGUGGAAUCCAAGCAGACUGGAUGCAUAAAUGGGUUCAUGACUGGGUUAAGGCCUAGUGUCGUAUUUGUGGACGUACUCGUGUUGUUGGUUUAUUUCCGACUAGCGAUUGUGUUGAAGAAAUAGUGCUCGUCAUUUUGUUGUCCA